UAUUGUAACUACCUACAAAAUGAGUAGAAUUUGUAAAAUAACAAAAAAUGUGGGUAGAUGUAUAUAUUUUCGAAUUACCGGCUUAUUGUUUCUACCUCCGGCCAGCCUUUUUCUUAGCAGACACCAAAGCCGCACGAGAUUCUCGUUACGAAAAUGGAAGGAGAGGAGAGUAAUUUGAAUCAAGGUCCGUAUCCGAUACUGUUCAUACCCAAAGUGUGCACACCGCUGGAGACCAACUGCGAGAUGUCAGAAAACGUGUUCAUACACUUGAAUAUCUCGUCACCAGACACGGAAGGUAACGAAGCCAUUAUAUACAAAGGUUUUUGUAACGUGAAAGUCACAAAAUCAAAUGAUAUCAAUAUUACUUAUGGUGCUACGGACAAUGACUGCAAGGAUGUCAGUAUACCAGUGAUCUUGGCCGAAGCAAACCAGAUAUCAUUUCCUGCGUACAAUGACUCCCAAGUCUGGAUUGAUCCUGCAAGAAGUCCAUACGUAUACAACCGCUGUGAUUCUCCACCGCAAGAAGCAUACACUAUUCACGAGACCCGUGACAACCACAUAACAAUAGAACAGCAUAAUACGUACAUAACUCAGAAUGUGUACAAUUAUAAUGAGACUGUGCGGUACUCUCCAGCCAGUGAAGAACACAAGACAGUCAAGAAGGGUCAUACAGACAGUUAUAACAUGUACGAAGAGGAUGAGUUUGAGUGCGGAGUGUUCUUGUCCCAGUUGUCCGAAGAGAUUAUAAAUGAGAAAGAGAUUAGGGACAGAGAUGAGAGGAAAUUUGUAGGACUGAAGACAGAUAAUGAAGCGUUGAAACAACUGAUGUCAUCUGAUAUACAGUCUGCGUCAAGGCAGCAGAAGACUAUUUUGUUUUUAGGUCAUGACGCAGAGUAUGGGCAGACAAUACAGAAUAUAUCAUUGAAUGAUCCAACGGUUGAGUGUCUUGGGAAUAGUGAUAGGGAGGUUGAGGUUACUGUUGAAGACUCCAAGUCACUGCAUCCACUGGCAAAAAGAUAUCAAUGCAACAAAUGUAAACAGAUAUUUGAUCAGCUGGCCGAGUUUAAACAGCACAUGGUGGGCAACCACCGGCUCUCAAACCUUUGCGACCUAUCCGACGAUGUCAGAUUCAUGUGUCAGGAGUGCGGGAAAUAUUUAAAGAACCAGGACAAAUUUGAGAAACACUGCCUUGGUCACGGAGACCCAGACUUGGAAUGUGACAAGUGCCAUAAAGUCUUCGCAUCCAAAUUCACUCUACGCAAUCACAUGAAGAUACACAGUCGCAGGUACUUGUGCAGCUACUGCGCAAAGUCAUUUUCAACUCCGCACCAAUUGUACACUCAUGCAGAAAAAUCACAUUUCAGAUUCAUGUGUGAUUUUUGUCCGUUUGUCUGUGAUAAUUAUACGGAAUUGAAGGCUCAUAAGGACGAAGGUCAUCAAAACAGUUCUGUGUCUUCGAAGGAGUCCAGUGUUUCUAAAAGUAAUGACGAUGUAUUUGAGGAUAUUAGCAGUGAUAUGUCGUUGGCUGAUGAUGAUAAGAGGAAGAGAGAGAGCCGGAUUCAGUCUGCUGAUUCGGUGAUCGCGAAGGUCAUGGCUAAUCGGUUAUUUCAAGAGCUGACUAAGAGCAAGAAGAAUAGGAAGUGUAAAAAGAUUUGCGACGUAUGCCGUAAGAAGUUUGAUCGGAUCAGUGAUCUCAAGAGACAUCUCAUAGAGCACGUCAUCCGCAGCACUCUGGCCAAGAACCCAACAGAUAAGUAUGGAGUCCUCACUAUACGCUGCGAGAUCUGCCAAGAAAAGGUAUUCAGCAAAGUAGAUAGAUACAAAGCACACUUAAGGGAACACGCCAAAUUAACCAUCUACAAAUGCACCUUCUGCGACAAAUCCUUCAGCGAUUCAAGCAACUUUUCCAAACACAAAAAAAUCCACGGCUCUACCAAUUUCUUCCAAUGCGACAUGUGUCAGAGGAAGUUUAACUCGAAGAAAAUGAUCACUCAGCAUAUGGAAUACCAUAAGAACCAUGUGCCCAUUCAGUGCCAAUACUGCGAGAAAAUCUUCCAUUUCGAAUCUAUGUUGAAUAAGCACAUUAAAUGCGCACAUUCUAAGGAGAGCACCAGUAAAUUCAAAUGCAGGGUUUGCGAGAAAUACUUCAAGAGUUUGAAGGAGAAAUGGGACCAUGAGUGGAAUAUCCAUAACGUAAGGAAAGCGAUCGUUGACUGUCUCGUCUGUGACUCCAGGUUCAGAAAGUAUUCUGAAUUGAAGAAACAUUGUACGGAGGAACAUGAGAUCCUGAUUCCUCCUAAAAAGUUUCUGCAUUGGAAACGAAAAGAGGCGGCGUUGAAGUAGGUAGUGGGGCUGGACCUCCUUCCUAUCAUUAAGAGGUGUGGUAUUAAAACGCUGUGCGCAUUUCCACUACGUUUAAAAGUAAGCUGUAGUGAGUGUUAAGCAGUAAUCAAUACCUAAGAUUAUUGUAUUAAUGGGGAUAUACCCAUUACUGAAAGUGUAGCGAAGUUCCCUUUUCAAACCGCCUUAUUUUUAAUUUCAUAUUUUUUAUAGUUGUUAGAAGGAUAAGUGACAGUUCUUUAAGAGCUCUAGUUUAAAUAUCAUGAGAUUUAUUUAUGGAUUACUUUUUAUGUAAAUAGGUGUUGGAAGAAGUUAUUGAUUCGUUUGAUCUCCAGUUUGCACAAGUACUGUUCUUUUUGUUAAAAUUGUUGGGUACUUUGUAGGUCUUUAUGAUUGCAUUCUCGUCAAGUUUGGUUUUGAUUUUUUAGAAUUAACUCAUCAGAUAAUUAGCAGGGUAUUCUCUGUGGAUUUUUUUAUGUAUAACAGUAUUUACCGUUCAAAAUAUACUUAAAAGUUAUACUUUGGAUAAUGUCGAAAGAAUUGAUUUUUGCUCAAAUUAAAGAAGAUCAAGACUGGUUUACAAAAAUAAAUUGUUAUUCAUAUUAUUUAAAUUAAGGUCAGGAAUAGGAUGAGAUUAAGAAAAUAUACACAAAUAUUUGUAAAGACAAACAAAUUGGCUUUCAAAGCCUCGUUUGUCAAAGUUUUUAUUUAUUUUUAAGUUAUUUAUUUACUGUUAAUUUUUGAAAACUAUAUUUUCUGUUAUUAUUUAUGGAAGAUGCUUUAGUGUUUUUUUGAAAAAUACUACGAACUAGAGUUUUGAAUAUAUUAGCUGAGAUAGUAUUUUUUGGGGUAUCAAUUGAUCUAAAAUACAUGUAUAUAUUUUUUUAUUUGAAAGAUAUAAUUGAGUUUAUAAAGUUCAGAGUGGGUGCGUAUGAAGAUGAAAAAAUAUUAUCGUCAAAAUGUAUUUAUUUUUAAAAACCAUGUCUCCAUAUUUAGACAAAACUUUCGCUUUAUAUUUAUUUCUCAAGUAAAUCAUGAAAUCGAACUAAUGUACAUAAGUUUUCUUACCAAAUUAAUAUGUUCGUACAAAUAUCAGGAAAGCUCAUAACGUUUUUGUUAAAAGUUAUUUAAAUAAAAACAUAUAUUUUA